CAUAAUUCAUCGUUUGUCGCUAGCGAACAGUCAAGUUUAUUUGUUAAAAAAAUUGUUAAUUACAACGUAGGUUGAAAACAGCUCAAUUCUGGAGAGUAAGAAACAUAAAAUUUAGGCCGGACUUUUGGAUUUCAGUAUCUUUGGGUACUGUUAACGACUUGCUACGAAUAAAGGACAUUCUACUAAACAAUUGAUACCUUCGAGGAUUUUAAAAAAACGAUUUAAAAUUAUCUGUUUUUGUGUUAAUACAUCAUAAAUUUUUAUUAUCUAUAUAACUUUUACGUUUAACGUGAUCCACGAUUAAAAUCUGCAUAUACCAGCAACGUUUCAUAACAAAAUAGAAAAGUGACGAGAAAAGGGUAAAAGUUUAAUCAAAGAAAGCAGGAUCUUAAGGAAAAGUAAAAAGAAGACGUCAUUCAACCAAUUAUGGAGGAUCCAACAAUUGUAGAGUCAACUUCUACAGCAACACCUGCAGGUGCUCCAGCUUAUAGUUAUGAUGACUUGUUUCCAGCAUUACCUGAGAGUGCAACACCCAAAUUUACGGCGCCAACUAACAACAAGAUGCGUAUUGGCAGUUCUGUUAUAACUCAGGUGUUUUAUGUUCCAUCGACUGAAAGAAAGUUUGAAAAUGAUAAGUUUGGUGAAGGCGAAUCAUUACGAUCAUGUCAAACUAUUAUGAAAGAGACUGGAGCUCAUAUUGAAAUAACAAGUGGAAAAGAUCAAUCACUCACUUUUCUCAUCACUGGCAAAGCAUCGGAAGUUGUUGAAGCUCGUCGUAAGAUAUUGAUUCACUUUCAAACGCAAGCAAGUAAGCAGAUUUCAAUUCCACGUGAUCAUCAUCGUUGGAUUUUGGGAAAGAAAGGAGAAAAGUUGCGUGAAUUGGAAAAGAUGACAGGCACAAAGAUCAGUGUGCCGAGUAUCAGCGAGGAAAAAGAUGUCAUAACAAUUCAAGGAACGAAAGAGGGAAUUGAAAAAGCUGAACAUGAAAUUCGUACAACAAGUGACGAGCAAUCACGUAAAGCAUUUGAACGUAUUACGAUCCCAAAAAUUUAUCAUCCAUUCAUCAAUGGACCCAACAACGAAUAUGCGCAAAAGCUCGCUGACGAAACUAGUUGUCGCAUCAACAUCCCACCGCAAUCGGUCAUGAAAGAUGAAAUCAUUAUAACAGGUGAAACUGAAGGCGUUCAAGUAGCGAAAACUCGCAUUCUUGCCAUAUUCAAAGACAUGGAAAAGAAAUGCACGAGUGUCGGUGUUGAAGUUCCUCGAGCUCAACAUAAAUAUGUCAUUGGACCUCGUGGCAGUACAAUCCAAGAGAUUUUAAGAAUCACUGGAGUUUCAGUUGAGAUGCCAGCAAGUGAUGCUGCCACUGACACAAUCAUUCUUCGUGGGCCACAUGAUAAGCUUGGAAAUGCUUUGGCAACUGUCUAUGAGAAAGCAAAUUCCGUUCAAUCGCGAACACUUGAAGCGCCAGCAUGGAUUCAUAAAUAUAUCAUUGGUCGUAAAGGUGCAAGCAUUAAAGAGUUGACGUCAUCAUUUCCUAAUGUUCAUGUUGAAUUCAAUGAAGAAAAGAUUAAGAUUGAAGGUCCACCAGAUCAAGUGACUGAUGCUGUUGAGCAAUUGGAGAAGACGGUAAAGAAUUACAUCGAACGAUUGACAUUCGUUGAAAUGGAAGUUAAUCCAAAUCAUUAUAAGCACAUCAUUGGAAAAGCUGGUGUAAAUAUUAAUCGAAUCAAAGAUGAGAUGGACGUUGUGAUUAAUAUUGAAGAGAAAGAUGGCACAAAUACAAUUCGUAUUGAAGGUUCGCCUGAAGGCGUUCAAAAAGCUCAAAUUGAGUUGCAAGAUAUGAUCCAGAAGCUUGAGAAUGAGAGGGAAAAAGAUGCAAUUAUUGAUCAUCGUUUGUUUCGAAGCAUCAUUGGAAGUAAAGGUGCACGCAUUCGUGAGAUUCGUGAGAAGUUUAAUCAAGUUGUCAUCACUUUCCCGAAUCUCAGUGAAAAAUCGGAUAUCGUAAAAAUUCGUGGACCGAAAAAUGAUGUUGAAAUGUGUCACAAACAUUUGAUGAAAAUGGUAAAAGAAUUACAAGAAUCGAGCUUCAUGUUGGAAGUUCCCAUCUUUAAACAAUUCCACAAGUUUAUCAUUGGAAAAGGCGGUGCAAAUAUUAAGAAGAUUCGUGACGAAACACAAACUGAAAUUGAUUUACCAGCUGAAGGUGAUAAGAACGAAGUCAUUGUCAUCACAGGAAAGAAAGAAAAUGUCAUGGAAGCACGUGAUCGCAUUCAAAAGAUUCAAAAUGAAUUGGCAAAUAUUGUAACAGAAGAGAUUCAAAUUCCACCGAAAUAUUACAAUUCAUUGAUUGGUGUUGGUGGAAAGUUAAUAAGUUCAAUAAUGGAAGAAUGUGGAGGUGUUUCCAUUAAAUUUCCAACAGCUGAAUCGAAGAGUGACAAAGUGACAAUUCGCGGACCGAAAGAUGAUGUUGAACGUGCUAAACAACAAUUAUUGGAACUCAGCAAUGAGAAACAAUUGUCAAGCUUCACAGCAGAAGUUCGAGCUAAUCCUAAACAUCAUCGCUUCUUGAUCGGUAAGAAAGGCGUUUCUAUAAAGAAGAUUCGCGAUUCUACAGGUGCACGCAUUAUCUUCCCUACAAGUGAAGACAAGGACAAAGAAGUCAUUACAAUAAUUGGCAAGAAAGAGAUUGUCGAAACAGCAAAAGCUCAACUUGAAGCCAUUAUUCGUGAGGUUAACAACAACACUGAAAGUGAAAUGAACGUUGAUCCCAAGCACCAUAAACAUUUCGUUGCAAAGCGUGGUGAAGUCAUCAAUCGUAUAAGUGAAGAAUGUGGGGGUGUCACAAUAUCUUUCCCUCGUUCAACUGAAAUUGAUUCGACACGUGUUACUUUGAAAGGACCAAAGGAAGGUAUCGAAGCCGCUAAACAAAGGAUCAUUGAAAUUGUUGGUGACUUAGAAUCAAUGGUGACAAUUGAAUGUGUCAUUCCUCAACGUCAUCAUCGCAGUGUCAUGGGCAAACGUGGUGCUAAAGUUCAAGGCAUCACUCAAGAAUUUGAUGUUCAAGUGAAGUUCCCAGAACGUAAAAAUCCAGCUGAAACAAAUGGAGGUGACCUGAUUAAUGGUGGUGAUACAUCUGGCGAUAUCAUCAAAAUUUAUGGUAAACUUGAGAACUGUGAAAAAGCAAAACAAGCUCUCAUCGAUUUGGUUCCAAUUACUGAAGAAAUUGAAGUUCCAUUUGACUUACAUCGUUCGAUUAUUGGAAAGCGAGGUGAUGAUGUACGUGAGUUGAUGAAUCGUUACGAUGUUCAUAUUGAAUUGUCACCACAAGAUCAGAAGUUGGACGUCAUUAAAGUAUCAGGUGCAGCACAAAAUGUUCGUGAUGCUAAAACCGCAAUUGCUGAACGUGUCAAAGCUUUGGAGAAAGAUCGCGAAGAUCGUGAAUUGAGAAGUUUUGAGUUGAAGAUUCAAGUUGAACCUGAUCUUCAUCCAAAAAUUAUUGGACGUCGUGGUGCUGUCAUUAAUAAGAUUCGAACAUCACAUGGCGUUCAAAUUUCUUUCCCACGUAAAGAAGAUGCUGGCGAUGAACAGAGCACAAUUCGUAUUCAAGGAUAUGAAGAAGCUGCAAAGGCUGCUCGUGAUGAGAUCUUGAAAAUUGUCGGCGACUAUAAUGAGAUGGUAAAAGAAGUUGUCUCCCUCGAUGCUAGAAUUCAUUCACGAGUCAUUGGUCAACGUGGACGUCAUGUUCGUCAAAUUAUGGAGGAUUAUCGUGUUGACAUAAAAUUUCCUCGUGAAGGCGAUGCUGACAUGAAUCAAGUAACAGUAAUGGGUAAAGAAGAAGAUGUUGAGGCAUGCAAAGACCACUUGUUGAAUUUGGAAGAAGAAUACAUGCAAGAUGUCAGCGAAGCACCUAAGCAAUCAUCAAAUGUUACUUAUGUAAAUCUCUUCGAAAACGCAAUGAAAAAUUCUCAAGGUGGUGGUAGUGGCAGCAACAAGAGUGGCUUUGUCGUUCAAGGUGCUCCAUGGGAAAAAGCUCCAAACAAAGAUUCGCAGAUUGACUUCCCUGACUUUGGUCUUAGUGGCGCAUCAUCAAAUGUCCAAGACACAACACCUUCAUUAGCUUCCGCAUGGAAUCCUAAUCGUUAGGUAAGUAAAGAAGUCUUCAAGAGAAAAAGUUUUCCUCAUAACCACACUCAACACACACACACACACACACACGCAAAUGAAUGCGUUUAAAGUAAAAUUUAUCACCAACAUCAAUCGACGGAAGACGAAAUUGUAGAAUAACAACAAGUUUAUGUUUCUUUUUUUUACAUUUCUGCCCUCUGUCAUCAAUUCAUUAUAUAAUUCAAAAUAUAAAAAAGAAGCAAAAGGAAAACAGAAAAAUCAUUUAAUUAUUUUGUUUUUGUGUGACAAAAGAGGAAAAAUCAAAUUUUUUUUAUUAAAGCUAUAUGUUAAAAUAAUCGAAAACAAAAAAUUAUUCUUAAGAAAAGUGAGAAAGAAGAAGGAAAGUUAAUUAUAAAUGCGCAUUAAAACGAAUUAAAAAAAAAGAAAAAAAAACUCUUAUUGGACUACGGGAUCGGAUCAUGAGACAAUUGAAAUAAUAAAAUGGAAUUAAAAGAAAAAAAAAUUAAAAUCUUAAAAACUUUCUUCAUAUUUUGGUUGACGUUGAAAGCGAAUCAAGAAUAUUAAUAAAAACAUUCCCGUUUGACGAGGUUUGUUCUUGACUCGCCAACGCACGUUCAAAAUAAAAUAUGAAAGUGUAAUAAAUUAACAGCUAAAGCUUUUAUAAUGUGGGAUAGAUUGGGAAUUGGGAAAAGAGUGCUACUGGCCCAUUGUAACGAAGUCGUCAAGUUAUACCCCGCUCGGUGAUCAUUACAAAAGGAAAUAUAUUUGAAUGAAAGAAGCUUGUCGUUGGAAAAAAAUAAAUAUUUAGCAAUAUGAAAUAAAAGGGGAGAAAUAACAUCAAUAUUUUUUAUUUAAAGUUAUUUAAUAAAGAAAAGAAAAAUUAGAAAAUUGAUUAUAGUUUCAUCUCGACGUUUUCUGUUUCGACAAGAAAAUAUCCCUUUUGUUGUUGGAUGACGAAAAGAAAUAACGAGAGAACAACUUAUUUACUUGAAAGCCUUUUUCUUCUUUAGUUAGUUUUAACAUUCAACAUUGGUUACACUUUUCAAUGUUUGUUGGUUUCUUAAAAUAUUUUUGAUUUGAUAAAAGAAUUAAACUAAUAUAUCUAUAUGAAUUGAUUAACAAUAAUUGAUAGGGAAGUUCAGAAAGCGCAACGAAGUUUUCGUCGACGAUAUAAAAAAAGAAACAAAUUGUUUAGCGGAUACAAGACAUAAGUAGUUUCGCAAUUAAUUAGAAGACUUUCUUUUUAAUUCCUUCUCUUGUUGUUCAAAUCUGAUAAAAGAAAAAAAGUGAGAAAAAUUAUAGAAAUAUAUAUAUACAUAUAUAUUUGAUAUGAAUGAAAAUUGAAGAAAAUUGUUUAGUAAUAAAAUGAUAAGAAAAUUGAAAACA